UUACGUUUCACCAGCGUAGUUUCUUGGAAAGGCGAACCCACGUUUGGAAGGUGGCAGUAGCUGUGUUGUUAAGGAAUCAUAUAUCUAAGUACCAUACGAACUCCUACGGAGAGAAUCCCUUGUGCAAAAGUGUAACGGUUGUGCUACAUCGUUUUUACACUUAAGACGACAGAAUAAUGGGAGUAGACAUUGAGACAAUAUCACCAGGAGACGGUAGAACAUUUCCCAAGAAAGGCCAGACCUGCGUUGUACAUUACACAGGAAUGCUGCAGAAUGGGAAGAAGUUUGAUUCAUCAAGAGACAGAAACAAGCCUUUCAAAUUCAAAAUUGGCAAAUCAGAAGUAAUUAAAGGCUGGGAGGAUGGAAUUGCACAGAUGAGUUUGGGGCAGAGAGCUAAGCUGACCUGCACACCUGACGUGGCCUAUGGAGCUACAGGCCAUCCUGGUGUGAUUCCUGCCAAUGCUACUCUCAUUUUUGAUGUGGAGCUACUCAAGAUAGAGUAGCUGCCUCAGGGAAGACCAUGUAAGAUGCCUGUGGAAACUCUCUUCAUUCACCUCCAGGAGAAGUCUUCACAGUAAUAAGGAAAUAAACACCCUGCCCAUCACCUGCUUUCCUGCUAGUGAUGCCUGCAGUUUAUUUUUUAAGCCAUCCUUGUAUAUGUUCCUUCGUAGCUUUUUUUGCAUUAAAGUUUUUUGAUUGUGCUGCGUUUUGGAAAAUGUACAUUUUAUUUAAUUUGCACUCAGUUAAAACAAAUGUCAAAUUCCUUUUUAAAAAACACUGCCUUAUUAUAUACUUAAAAACCAAUGAAAGGUGCACACAACUAAAUAAAAUGUACAGAUGUUUGUACACAAGAUGGGCAUUAGCAAACAGAACUGCCUGUGCUGCCACUCCUUUUCAGAAUGUAAAAUAUACUUAAAAUAAAUUUCACUGUUACGAACCUGUAAA